AUGGAAGCUUUUACUCAAUUUCUACCCGUUCUAGGGCUAUUGCUUUUGCUUCUACUAUGUCAUUACAAAAGAAGCAUAAGAAACAACACAAAAAAAGCUAUCAAACUAGUAGCUCCAGAACCAUCAGGGGCAUUGCCUUUUCUCGGCCAUCUUCAUUUCCUACGAGGCCAAGCUCCUCUAGCACGGGUACUUGGAAAAAUUGCUGAUGAAUACGGACCCGUUUACACUCUACGGCUUGGUGGUCGUCGAGCAUUGGUUGUGAGCAGUUGGCAGAUGGUCAAAGACUGUUUUACCACCAAUGACCGGAAUUUUGCAGCUAGGCCCAACAUGGCAAUCAGCCGGCACAUGGUUUAUAAUAAAGCUGGUUUUGCACUGGCAACAUAUGGACCAUAUUGGCGAGAGAUCCGAAACUCAGAAGUGAAGAGCUUCAUUAACGAGCUCUCCUUGUUCUCUUCAAAGAAAGCAAACAAAGCAUCCGUAGUGGACAUGAGCAAGUGGUUUGAGAACAUUACGUUCAAUAUAACUAUAAAAAUCUUAGCCGGGAAAAGAUUUUCUAACACGGGUGGCAAUGAAGGGUAUGUGAAAGCUAUGAAGCAAGUGGCAAAAGAGGUUGAUGAAGUUAUCGGAAAGUGGCUUGACGAACAUGUUCAGAAGAGAAAAGAGUAUGAUGGUGAAAAAGAAGCCGAUUUUAUGGAUGUGAUGCUCUCAACCCUGUCAAAAGAUGCUGAAAUGUAUGGCCACGGGCGUGAAACCAUCAUCAAGGCUACAACAAUGGUUCUCAUGCUAACGGGUUCAGAAAGCACUGCUUUGACACUUACGUGGGCACUCUCUUUACUACUGAACAACCCUCACAUAUUAAAAGCUGCCCAGAAGGAGCUUGAUAUGAAUGUAGGAAAACAGAAAUGGGUGGAAGAAUCAGAUAUAAAAAACCUAAGGUAUCUACAAGCCAUAGUGAAGGAAACUCUCCGAAUGUACCCACCAGGUCCCUUGGCAGGACCUCAUGAGGCCAUUGAAGACUGCUAUAUUGGGGGUUAUCAUAUCUCCAAAGGGACUCGUCUGAUUGUUAACUUAUGGAAGCUACAUCGCGACCCACAAAUUUGGUCGGAUCCUCAUGAGUUUCGACCAGAGAGGUUUCUUGAGGAACACUCGGACUUAAAUUACCAGGGUCAGAACUUUGAAUACAUUCCUUUCAGCACUGGAAGGAGAAUGUGCCCUGCAAUCACAUUUGCUUUCCAAGUAGUUCACUUGACACUUGCUCGGUUGCUUCAGGGGUUUGAUUUGUCGACACCAAUGGGGAAGCCUGUGGAUAUGAGCGAGGGCUUGGGCAUUGCCUUGCCUAAAGUAAGGCCACUUGAAGUGAUCAUGACUCCUCGGCUUUCAACAGAGCUCUAUCAAAACCUCUGACAUCAAUAAAUGGGAUAUAUUAUUCUGGAGAUGCAUGACGAUGUUGCUAGUUACUUAUGCCAUAUAUUAAGAAAUAAGACCGCAUCGAUUUAUCUCAGCGCUCAGUGAAUAAUAUACAAUGCUAGUGUUUUUAUAUAAACCAGUAAAAAAAACCCGCCCCACUCGCAUGGGUUGGAAUAAGUUUAGCAAAAUCUAUGUAGGCUUGAUUGAA